CUUCAGUAUGUUAUCGUUGGAAGAGUUUGAACUUUGAAGUAGUGUAGCCGCGAUGUCACUACUUUUGUAAUUAGUAAUUAAAUAAAAUUUAUAUUACCUGCUAAUAUUUGAAUUAAAUCUGGUCGAUGAGUGAAGCAAAGUAAUAGACUGGUGUAAUUCUUGCUGGAUAACCACAUUAAAAAUGAUCUCUACUUUAGGUUUUAUUUUGUGUUCUUAUCAUUAAUUCACUGUUUUUUUCUACUGAUAAUUCUGUAAACACAGUACCUACGUUAUGGCAUUUUCAAUGAGAAAAUACUCAGCUUAUGUUGUACUAUUUUGGAUUUGUCAGUUACUUCAUCCAUCGGAAUGCCGCCGGAAAGCGAAAUUUGUCACUACUUCCAUCGACGCCAAAUGGGAUCAAACACCAUUAGUUCUAGAAGUAGCCGAAUUUCUAGCCGAUGAAAACAUCAAUUCGUUUUGGUCAUUUAUCGACGAUUUAAAUGAACUCGAAAGUCCCUUAUCAACAUUAGGAAAUGACAAGAGCAAGUAUGACGUUGCCAUAAAUUUAGCGUCACAGUAUCUAUCUAACACCCAAGUUCGUUUGAUGAAAUUAGCGGUAUCACUUCAUGUAUAUUCACCACGAAUUGAGAUGUUUUCUCAAAUGGGACUUGAGCGUCAUCUACAAUGUUUAACUACCGUAGACAUAGCUGGGAAAAUAAUUUGCUCGGUCGAUGAAAUAGAUUCUGCCAUUGAUAACGCUGUGGCCGAUGAAAAAACCGAAAUUUUCAACGUUGAUCAUCAGUAUCCUGGAAGUGUUAAUCGCUCUAUCACUGCAAUUUUAUAUGGUGAAAUAGGUUCUCCAGAUUUUAAAGCAUUUCAUGCAGUAUUAAAGGGUCAUGCCAUCGAGGGAAAAAUUGGUUACGUUUUACGUCACCGAGUUCAGCGUCGAAUGAAUAGAAAAGUCCGAUUGUCUGGUUAUGGAGUUGAAUUACAAAUGAAAUCUACUGAAUAUAAGGCUGAAGAUGACUCUAAAGUUCCUGGUAAAACCUCUGAAGAAUCUGUUACCGAAGAUGAUGAACCUGAAAUCGAUGGAUUUAAUUUUAAAACAUUGAAAGAAUUAUAUCCCGAUAAAGUUGAAGAACUGAACAAAUUUCGUCAACAUUUAGAAAGCUCUAGCGAUGAGUUGCAACCUUUGAAAGUAUGGCAGUUCCAAGAAUUAAGUCUUCAAGCUGCCGAAGUUAUCAUGAAGGAAGAUGGUGAUAAGGCACUUGAGAGUUUCGUCCAUAUUUCACAAAAUUUUCCAAUGAAGACAAGAUCAUUGGUGAAUGUUCGUGUAAAACCGGAACGUAAAAAAGAAAUCCAAAAAAAUCAAGAUAAAAUUUUAAUGGCCUUAAAUUUGCCUCCUACAGACACGGUUUUAUUUUUAAACGGAAUGUAUUUCGAUAUGGAUGUAGUGGAUAUUUUUUCAAUUUUGGAAACUGUUCGACAAGAAAUAAGAAUCAUGGAAGGGCUUUAUCGGAUUGGAAUUAACGAUAGACCAACAGUAAGCUCAAUUCUAUCAUUGGAUUUCACUCAGUCUGGUGGAGACAAUUACGCAAUUGAUAUCAGAGACUCGGCAGUACAAUGGAUCAAUGACAUUGAAAACGACAGUCGUUAUAAACGGUGGUCCUCGCAUUUAAUGGAUUUACUAAAACCUACUUUUCCUGGAAUGUUACGUAGCGUUAAGCGAAAUUUGUAUAAUCUAGUCAUUAUUUGUGAUCCGGCUAAUCGAGACUGUUGGCCUUUGUUGAAAAUGGCGGAGUCAUUUAUUGUUCAUUCCGCUCCCAUCAGAGUAGGUGUUGUGUUUUCAACUCCACCACUUUCAGUAUCUGGUUUGGAAAGUGCAACUGUUGCUUUAAUGAAUGCGUUCAAUUAUGUUUCUGAAGAGAAAGAUCGAUAUACUGGACUUAGUUUCAUUACUGAAGUAUACGCUGCUAUAAAAAGUGACCGAGAUGUCGAAGUAGAGGAUGUGAAGAAACGCUUAUCAUCUUUUUCAAAUGGUGCCGAUGUACUUGAUAUUUUGGGCGCUGACUCUGAUUAUAAUACCGGACGUCAACUAGCUUCUGAUUUUGUGGCUAGGUCGGGGAUCAGAUCCAUACCGCAGGCGCUCAUUAAUGGUGUACCACUUCCGGAGAAAACUCUCAAUAAAGAAGAUUUUGAAGAAGCUAUGCUUACUGAAAUCAUGGCCCAAACGCCUACUUUCCAAAAAGCGGUAUACAGAGGAGAACUGGUCGAUAGCGAUGAUGUAUUGGACUUUAUCAUGAAUCGGCCAAACGUGAUGCCAAGAUUGAACGGUAGAAUUUUGAAUACGGAAAAAAGUCAACACCUAGACCUGUCAGAUUCUUCCACCUUUGGCAUUACCAAUCACUUGAAAUACAUAACGCACAAAAAACCGGGAACCACAUCUUUGUUAACAUUUUGGGUCGUGACUGAUCUUGAAACUGAAAGUGGUAGAAAUCUAUUGAAAAAUGCGUUAGAAUAUUUGGACGCUGGAAAUGAUCAUCGUAUUGGAAUCAUUGUAAAUCGACCUGUUGAUGGCACAUCGAGUUCUAUUACAAAAUUGGUAUUGGCCGCAGUAAAUUCUGGUGUAGAUAUUUUGAAAAUUCUGAAAGAUGCGGACAAUAUUAUAUCUGGAGAUAAGAAAUCCUCAGAUUAUGUGCAAGAAGUCGAUUGGGCGAGUAUAGAUGAAAUAAUAUUGAAGCAUCAAGCAUACUGCAAAACUAUCCUAUCAUUUAGGCCGGGUCAGAUUGGUGUUGUUCUUAAUGGCAGAGUUAUUGGUCCUUUUGACGAGGACGAAGAGUUUACGAGCGCUGAUUACAUGCUCUUAGAACGACAUGCUCUCAAACUAAUCGUAGAAAAAUUACACAACGUAAUUAAUCCAAAAUUGGAACAAAUGGAAGGCUGUCGUAGUAACGUGCUUAUGAAAGCUGUGUCGUUAUUGUCCAAUAGACAACAGUCCAAGUCUAGAUUCCAAUUGAAAGAUAUUGCUACCGAUCACAGCGUCAUAAAAUUACCACCAAAGAAUUUAGAAGAACCUGUUUUUGAAGUAGCGGUCAUUGUUGAUCCGGUAUCAAGAGGUGCUCAAAAAGUGGGCUCAAUCGUAUCAGUAUUACGUCAAGUUCUGAACUCUGAAGUGAACGUUUAUUUGAAUUGUCCUGAAAGGAUAAGUGAUAUGCCAUUGAAAAGUUACUAUCGUUACGUUUUGGAACCAGAAUUGCGGUUUACCAGCGAUGGCGAUCUAGACAGCGGACCUAUCGCCAACUUUACCGAUGUAUCACCAGGUUCACUACUGACGCAAAAUAUGCAUGUUCCUGAAAACUGGCUCGUAGAAUCAGUUGCCACUCCUUUUGAUCUCGAUAAUAUACGUCUUCAAGAUGUAGAUUCUUCAGUUUACAGUCAGUUCGAAUUGGAGUAUUUACUAUUAGAAGGGCACUGUUUCGAUCUAGCCUUUGGUACUCCUCCUCGUGGCUUACAAAUAACUUUGGGCACAGAAACGAACCCAGUGAUAGUAGAUACAAUUGUUAUGGCCAACUUGGGAUACUUCCAAUUGAAAGCGAAUCCCGGCGCAUGGGUAUUACGUUUGCGACAAGGAAGGUCAGCCGAUGUUUACGAUAUAGUGAGUCACGAAGGCACAGAUACUCCUCCGAACAGCAAAGAUAUCAAAGUACUCAUUAGCUCAUUCCAAUCUCACGUUAUGAAAUUGAAAGUGAGUAAAAAACCGGGCAAAAUGCACGAAGAACUGUUGGCCGAUGAUUCCGAUUCAAACAAUGGUAUAUGGUCCAGUAUUGCAAACACUUUCGGCGGUAGCGGUGGUAAAGAUGAUGGCACGGAAGACGAGCCCAUUAAUAUUUUCUCUCUGGCUUCCGGUCACUUAUACGAACGGUUUUUAAGAAUCAUGAUGCUGAGUGUGAUCAAACAUACUAAGUCACCUGUGAAAUUCUGGUUCCUUAAAAAUUACCUCUCACCUAGUUUUAAAGAUUUUUUGCCUCGAAUGGCUAAAAAAUACGGAUUCCAAUACGAGCUAGUCCAAUAUAAAUGGCCUCGUUGGUUACAUCAACAAAACGAGAAACAAAGACUGAUUUGGGGUUACAAAAUAUUAUUUUUAGACGUACUAUUUCCACUAGACGUGAAAAAAAUCAUUUUCGUCGACGCCGAUCAAGUGGUGAGAGCGGAUAUGAAAGAAUUAGUUGAUUUAGACUUACAAGGUGCACCUUACGGGUACACGCCUUUUUGCGAAAGUCGUAAAGAAAUGGAUGGUUUCCGGUUUUGGAAACAAGGAUACUGGAGGACGCAUUUACAAGGAAGAAGCUAUCAUAUUAGUGCUCUUUAUGUAGUAGAUUUGAAAAGAUUUAGAAAAAUAGCCGCCGGUGAUCGAUUACGUGGUCAAUAUCAAGCUCUUAGUCAAGAUCCCAACAGUCUUUCAAAUUUGGAUCAAGAUUUGCCAAAUAACAUGAUCCAUCAAGUAGUUAUCAAAAGUUUACCACAAGAGUGGUUGUGGUGUGAAACAUGGUGUGAUGAUUCGUCUAAAGAUAAAGCAAAAACUAUUGAUUUGUGCAAUAAUCCUCUUACCAAGGAAGCUAAAUUGACAGCUGCCAUGAGAAUUAUACCCGAAUGGAAAGAAUAUGACAACGAAAUUAAGAGGUUGCAAUUAGAAAUAGACGAGCAUUCUGAGGAAGAAGUUGUACAAGAGCCUAGUGAAACAGAACCAUCAAUUGCUCACUCAGAUGCUGAGAAACAUACCGAACUGUGAUAUGUAAUAUAAGCGAUUUAUACUUAAAUAGUUUUAAAUAAAUAUUUUCCAACAAA